AUGGGGGCCGCAGCGAUACGAUUAGCUCCUCCCGUCCCCUCGCCUCCCCCGCCCUCCUCCCUCUGCCUCUCGCUCCGCGAGGCCAUCGCCCGGGCCACGUUGGACCUGCCGUCCUCCGCGCACGCGCUAGACUGGCUCGCCGACAUCGUCGCGCAGGGCAAGGAGGCGCUCUCUCAGGGCGGCGACUCCAACCCCAGCACCGCCUCUGGGGCCGACCUCCUGUACCCCGCUGACGGUGUCGCUGUAGGAGGCCCUGUGGGGGUGGCGGAUGUCUUCAGAGGAUGCCAAAAUAUUUGCAAGUUGUGGGUUGUGGUGUUGUCACUAAUGUCACCUCUACUUGAUUCUGUUCAUUAGUGUGCUAUGUUGCACGGAUACCGAUCAUAUUUUGGAUUUCAAAUCUCACUAUUUUCUACUUGCCUACUGGCAGGGUAGUACUUGUGCAGAACAUGAGAAAUCAAACAUUUAAAUUAACCUA